GCACUGCAUUCCCAUUCAUUCAGAGUCCCUUCCUUGGUGAUUCAAGAGCAGAUGCUAUUGUCUGGUGCCUUUCGCACAAUAUAACACUAAGAGGAUUAACACGCACAAGCUUUUGCAUCUCGCAGACCGCGCUGACUUAGCGAGGCUGACGGACCAACUGUGCGCCGCGCACGCGCUGCCACUUAGACACGCACGGAGGCGGAAGACUCCUCUCAUCUCCCGCCGGCUCAUUAAACACGCUUUUUUGCAGAGACUCCAUCCAUCAACGAGCGGCGCGCAUUUACAACUACGGCCGGCGUUCACGAUUAAGCCGCGUUGCUGGGGCGCCAAAGGUGCGUAUGGAAUAGUGGACAGGCCACCCCGGCACGCGAUGGACCCGCACCAAAUCAGUUGAAUGACGCCAGUGUAUUGCGGUCCACUGUCUGAAGAGGAUCAGAGCAGUUGAGCAGCUGAGCGCCCAGAGGAAGAAACCUGCGUGUCUGUCGUCUCACGGCCGGCCGGCAUGGCGCGCAGCUACGGUGACAGCCGCUUGUGGACCUGGCAGGUCCUUCUCACCAUCUCCGUGGUUCUAAUCCCCCUGUCCGUUCACGGGAGGCAUUCGUUGGCCAGGCGUCAUCAUCACCGUAACCAGUCAUCUGUCAACCAGGAAGCCUGGAAUAUCAGGAUGGUGCUAAGUGACGACUCGGCAGAGCGAGACCACCUGAUAGAAGCGGGGAAACCCGCGUUUCCGAAACACCACCGCUCCCACAAACGCGUUCAUCUCGAGCCGGAUCCCGCGCAGGAGGAGCUCACCGCCGGAGGCGCGGGACCGGAUCAGCCUGGGAACCCCUUGUCCGAUGACAUCAUCGCGGUGGAGUUCCACAGUCCGGCGCCGGAGACGAUCCCGUCUGAUAUUGAUCAGAACGGGGCCAAGCUUCCCAAACCCCAGAAGCAAAAAGGAGACAAUCCGACCGCUUGGACGCUCUCUGACUUUUACGACUACCUGUCCCCCGAUGACGAUCUCUCGGCAUCGGCCCCCACCCAAGAGCCCGAGGCCUCGCCUUCGCCCCCGGCCGACAUGGAGGAUGAGAAUCCCCUCUUGGCAGGAGCUCCCGCUCGUCCGGUCACUGUGGAGGCCAAGCCCGCCUCAUCUGCUCAGCCCGAGCCAGAGCCCGCCGGCAAUAACGGGGACCUGAGUUUAGGUGGCGCCGUGGGGAGCGACGGGUGCCGACUGGGCUUCGUGCGCUCGGGACCCGGGAUUUGUGUAUCUCAGUGCGACAUUGAACCCGAUUUCUGCUACAAUGAAGGAGUGUGCACAGUGGUGGCAGGAGUAGGCGCUUUCUGCAGGUGCAAUGUGCAGGACUACAUCUGGAACAAAGGCACGCGAUGCGACUGGGCUAUCACAGAGUUCCAGGUCAUGAGUGCCGUGGUGGGCGUGGCCUCUGUGGCACUUCUCCUUCUCUUCAUGAUCGUUGUGUUUUUCGCCAAGAGGCUGCACCGCCUCAAGAGCGAAAACAAGCGGCUGCGCAAACGCAGUAAGUACCGUCCACAGAGCACGGAGCCACAAACCGACGGCCUCUCCAUUUCCACCACCGCCGACGGCUCGCAGCCAAACGUAAGGAAACUGUGCGACUCCCCGCCGCCCGCGCCCCAAGCUCACACUCACAACCUGGCGUACUAUGACAACAUUAUCUGUCAGAGGCCAUCAUCAACCACCUUUACCUGGGAAUUUAAACCCAGAAACUCUUAUAACCACUGCCAGGAUGACCCCAAGAAGCAGGAGGACCCAAGCAAGUCCCCUCCAGCCAAGGAAGAGGGCGCCAUGAACAUCCUCAACUCACACUCCCCCAAACAUGAGAACAACCGGCCAAACUCUGUGGUCCACGACCACAGCCGCAGCCCCAACAACACCGACGACAACGCCGAGGAUGGAGUCACUAUUGGUCUGGAGGUGCUCCUCCCCAAAGAUGCCAAGCUACGCCCAGAGAACAGCUCCCCCCUCCAGUACGACGUCUUCCUCUACAAGGUAGCAAACAACGCAGAUCCGGUUGCCACCAACUCUCAUUGCUCCACCUCCCAUCACGCAACCAAAUCCCCCAAAAUCCCAUUGAGCGCAUCCAAGGUGCCCAAAUCCCCCAAACACUCAAAGGAUCAUCGUCACAGUCCCCGCAAGCCCCUCUCCGGGCGCCACUCCUCACCGUUCCUGCACCUGUCACCCGGGAGGCAGCCAUCACCUUGUCGUCACUCCGCGCCCGGGGGCUACACAGCCCCCGCCCGCCGCCAAUCUGCCCAUCACUCGCCUGGAGGUCGGCCUUCCAGUUUUUAUUACUCCAGUUUGGAAAGAGAGGACGGAGACAUUCGUCCAUCUCCUUCCUCUCCUCAUCUCACUCAGCCUGCCUCUUCACCAUCCAGGGCCAAAUGCAGCCCGGUCAGCACUCGAUCUUUACCGCCAAUCUCGUGA